AUGCAACAUCUCCUCCAGACAUAUGAACAGAUGCCCCCGGUCACACGGGUUUACAUGACCGCGUGUGUGCUGACCACACUGGCGGUGGUAAGGGCGUCUGAGUAAUGUGAGUGAUAUUAUAUUUUAGCAAUUUGAACUGGUAACUCCCUUCGACCUCUACUUUAACUGGCAUCUCAUCUUGUAUGACUUCCAGGUCAGUUCUAUUUUUAAUGAAUGUACAACUCAUUUCAGUGGUGGAGACUUCUCACUUCAUUCUGCUACUUUGGGUCACUUGGUUUUACAUUCUUAUUCAAUAUUAUCUUCACAUAUCGACAUUGCCAGAUCUUGGAGGAGGGUUCCUUCAGGGAUAGGACCGCAGAUUUCGUGUUCAUGUUCCUCUUUGGCGGUGUAUUUAUGGUAUGUGCAUCCAGUCUUGUGUAAAAGUAGAUUCUAGAUAAUUUGUGCGUGUUUCGUACACCUCUUGUUUCUCGGACAAGCAUUUACCAUCAUGCUGGUAUAUGUGUGGAGCAGAAGAAACCCUCAGAUUCGCAUGAAUUUCUUCGGAGUCAUCUCUUUCAACGCCCCGUACUUGCCUUGGGUGCUUCUCUUUUUUUCUCUCUUACUGGGUAACAAUGCAUUGGUAGAUGUGUUUGGUAAGGUCCUUGAUAAAACAACAUUUCUGUUCAGGAAUUGCCUGUGGUCAUCUUUACUACUUCCUGGAAGACGUGUUUCCCACUCUGCCGAAUGGGUUCCGGAUAUUGGAAACUCCGGCUUUUAUGAAAUGGUUGUUUGAUCCCGCCCCACUGCCCACGGUCGAUAUCCAGGAACGGCCUGGGGGAUUCAAUUGGGGAGCUCCUGAUAACGACGAUGAUGAACAACUCCAGAACCCUCCUCAAGAGGCCCAAUGA